AUGCUGCUGCUAUAUUCUCCCUGUUCUUUGGCUCACGUUACUCGUGCGUUGUCCACGAUCGCGCUCCCUUCUAUUUGUCGCCCACACUUCCAACCGUCGCUCCCUUCCAUUCGCCUCCCUCUGUUCCGCUCGUCGCCCUCCCUUCCGCGCGUCGCCCUGCUCGUCUCUCUGCCUUUCGCCCGUCCCCUCUCAUCCGCUCGUUGCUCCACCUUCCACGCGUCGCCCUCCCAUCCGAACGUCGCUCUCGUCACCGUCCCUUCCGCCCGUCGCCCUCCCUUCCGCCCGUCGCCCUCCCUUUCGCACGUCGCCCACCCUUCCGCCCAUCGCCCACCCUUCCGCCCGCCGCUCUCCCUUCCGCCGGUCGCCCACCCUUCCGUCCGUCGCUCUCCCUUCCGCCGGUCGCCCACCAUUCCGUCCGUCGCUCUCCCUUCCGCCCGUCGCCUUCCCUUCGUCUCGUCGCCCUUCCUCCCGCUCGUCCCCUCGCAGUCCCCGUCCUCCUCUCUCCCCAUCGCCCUCGCCAUCCCUCCCGUCUCCCUUCCCAUGGUGCACACUUGUCACCCUUCCCUGCUUUCCCCCAUCCCCUUCCCUGCUUCCCCCCAUCCCCUUCCCUGCUUCCACCCAUCCCCUUCCCUGCUUCCCCCCAUCCCCUUCCCUGCUUUCCCCCAUCCCCUUCCCUGCUUCCCCCCAUCCCCUUCCCUGCUUCCCCCCAUCCCCUUCCCUGCUUCCCCCCAUCCCCUUCCCUAUUUCCCCCCAUCCCCUUCCCUCCUCCCCCCAUCCCCUUCCCUGCUUCCCCCCAUCCCCUUCCCUGCUUCCCCCCAUCCCGUUCCCUGCUUUCCCCAAUCCCCUUCCCUGCUUUCCCCCAACCCUUGCCCUGCUUUCCCCCAACCCCUUUUCUGCUUCCCCCAAUCCCGUUCCCUGCUUCCCCCCAUCCCCUUCACUGCUUCCCCCCAUCCUGUUCCCUGCUUCCCCCCAUCCCAUUCCCUCCUUCCCCCCAUCCCCUUCCCUGCUUCCCCCCAUCCCAUUCCCUGCUUUCCCCAAUCCCCUUCCCUGCUUUCCCCCAACCCUUGCCCUGCUUUCCCCCAACCCCUUUUCUGCUUCCCCCCAUCCUGUUCCCUGCUUCCCCCCAUCCCCUUCCCUGCUUUCCCCCAUCCCCUUCACUGGUUCUCCCUUUCUCCCUGUUCCCUGUCUCCGUGUUAG